AUGGUUCCACCUAAUUUAUUAGUAAAUCCAGGCGCAGAAUCUGUUCUCUCUGGUUGGACUCAGAGUGGUCCGGCUACUGCUAUCCAAGAUACGGGUGGCACGAUCAAUAGCGGUUAUAAUCCACGAUCAGGUAGUGGAAUGUUUGCUGGUGGUUUUGGUGCUGGUGGAUCAUCGGCAGGUCUUUAUCAAAAUGUUGAGUUACUUGGUGGCACACAGAACUUUGGUGCUGCUCAACUUGAUUCAGGAACGUUACACGUAGAAAUUAUAUUUUAUUAUCAGAACUAUUAUAACUUUUUUCUUUCGACUGAUGCUGCUCAAGUGGUUGUUACUUUUCGAUCAGCUACGAAUGCCACUUUGAGCAGCGCUGCAGAUUCUGGUCCACAAAUUUGUGGAACUAAUCCAGGUUGGUGUUUAUAUUCCAGUACAAUAAGUCUUCCAGUAGGCACUCGCCGUAUACAGUACAGAAUGAAUUUUAUUCGACAUGGUGGAACGGAUAUUGAUUCAUAUAUUGAUGACAAUUCGUUGAGAAUUCUUUGA